GUUACAGCAUUCCGUUGUUUAGACACAAACAUAAAGCACGUCGAAUUUAGUCCUGCGAGGAAAACCUAUCUUAGCUAUUGUGGUAGCGGUCUUGCGACAGGGAUGAUCACGCGUUCAAGGAAUCCUACCAACUGUCUAUAAGAUCCAUAGUUCCAGAUUCAUUCUGACACGGAACAGGCCAGAGGUCCAAAUACGAAAGCUAAUUUACUGGGUACAGCAUGUCAUCUGCUGCUGUUUUGAAAGGACGUCCAAUCGAAUUGCUGCCACAGAUUUCGAUAUGGGAAUACAUAGAAAGCAAAGUGAAGAACUACGGUUCGAAAGUUGCCCAGGUGGAUGCAGAAACUAAAAAAGAAAUUACAUUUGCAGAGAUCCUCGACAUGAGCAGGAAACUGAGUGAAGGGUUAAUGGCUCAGGGGGUAACAUAUGGAGAUGUGGUGGCUAUCUGCAGUGAGAACAACCUCGAAUACUGCUGGAUUGUGUUGGGGGUUCUUCGGGCUCAUGCAUGCUGUGCUCUGCUCAGUCCAACAUAUACAACAAGAGAAUGGGAACAUGCCUUAUCAGUCUCCCAGCCUAAAUUGGUAAUGUGCUCAAUAUCUGUAUGUGAGACAAAACUGGAGCAAUAUUUGGAGUCAAGGAGCGUGAAACAAGUGUUUGUCUGGGAUUCAAAGGGCAAAUCACUCCCAAAGUACACAGUGCCCUUGGAAGAGAUUUUAGACUCAACAUUCAUAAGUCCAGGGUUGAAGAAAGAACAAGGAAAUGCUUGCAAUGGAAAUAUGUUCAAUGUUACUUAUGAUUCAGAAGAGAAACUUGAAGCCCAUGUAAAAGAGACUAAAGAUUUACCAGCUUUUAUAUUGAGCUCAAGUGGAUCUACANCAGAGCGGAGUGGAGACUAUACCAGCUAUGAUGAGACUGCACUAGGAGUGCCUCCCUUCUGUCAUGCAUAUGGUCUGCUGCUGGUACUUAUGUGUAUGUGUGAAGGAACUCGUGUCGUCGUGGUGUGUAAGUUUAAGCCAGAUCCCUUCAUACAAUCCAUCAAAGAACAUAAGGUAACUUGUUUGUAUUUAGUGGCAUCUUUGCUAGUAUUUCUCAUGAAGAGGGAUGUGUUGGAUAAACCUGAGUGCAGCUCUGUGCGUCACAUCUGGACAGGUGCCGCACCUUUAAGUGUCAAACUUCAACAGCUGGUGCUUGAGAAACUAGCUGGGAGUGCUGUACUUCAUCAUUCAUAUGGGCUAACAGAAACAACAUUUACAAUGUUCACCUGCACAGUCGAUAACUGCAGGCUAGGAACGCCAGGAAAAGUCACACCAGGAAUGGAAUGCAAGGUUGUUGAUGUGAAGACAGGAAAAAUGAUUGGCCCCAACUGCAGAGGUGAGCUUUGUUUCCGGGGUCCACUUCUUAUGAAGGGAUAUAUGAUGAAUGUUGUGGAAACCAGCAAAGCAAUUGAUACGGAUGGUUGGUUUCAUUCAGGUGAUUUGGGAUAUUAUAAUCAAGAUGGAUAUUUCUACAUUGUUGAUCGACUGAAGGAGUUGAUAAAAUAUCAAGGAUACCAGGUAUCACCCAGUGAACUUGAAUCCAUUCUUGUUGUGCAUCCAGCUAUUGAGGAUGCUGCUGUUGUUGGUAUUGAGGAUGAAACAUAUGGAGAACUGCCAGGAGCAUUCAUAGUCAGAGAACCUGACUCUCAUAUUACAGAGGAUGAAAUAAAAGCCUAUGUUGCUCGUCAGGUGUCACCAUACAAAAGACUGAGUGGGGGAGUGUGGUUUGUUAACUUCAUUCCAAAGACAACUACUGGCAAAAUCAACAGAAGAGAACUGCGAAACUCAAUUGACAUGUUAUCUUAGCUUCACAUCUAGUUUUAAUCAUAACAGAGGCUCUUUCUUUGAAAUUAACGUUUUGCUCAGAUUUUAUAAGGAAUAUUUCAAAUGUAGGCUACAAUAUAUAUGCAUAAUUAAAAUGUCUUUUAAAGAACACAUA